AGCCGCCAGCCGCUUUUCAUAUUUUAAUAUUUUGAUAUUAUCACAAUACUUAAUACUGUUUUCCGUUACUUGUAUUUUACAUUGUAAGUACUCAUGCGAGCUUUUUAACUUUUAACGAUGAGCGCUACGUUUUUAUAAGCACUUAACCUAGCAGUGAAGGUAAACGGUUAAGUUAAGGAUUGAAACAAUUUACAGUUGUCACGAUGGAGGAGUCAUUUGAUGAUUUCGACACAGUUAAAAAUGAAUCUAUAAUGGACUAUACUGAUGAUGUAACUAGAUUGAAAAUGAGAAAAUCACAAUUCAAUUUGUCGGUUUCAAUUACGCCUGGAGAACUUACUGCCAUAUUCGAUAAUUCUGUUGCGCAGCCCAAAAGCAGCUCCGAAAACGGUUUGUACAAGCAGUUUUUAAAUGUUCUUCAAGCCUUUCGCGUGAGUUCACCUCUUCAACUACUAGAAAUCCUUCAGUAUUUUAUCGACAACUGUAUAGAAACCAUAUCCGUGUUGAAAGAUCAAAAUCAAAAUGUAGAUUGGUUAGAACAAGAAUUAAACACGUGGCGUUUAUUAUUAACACUGUUCCAAGUACAGCAUUUAGAGCCGCCAGAGGGAGUGGAUAAAGUAAUAAGUGACCGUGAUUUAUCAGAUGCUUUGUUCAAAGAAGAUCAAAAGUUGAAAGGGAUACAAAGAAUUGUCGAUUGGUUAGAACACUGUGCCGCAGAAAGCAUGGAAAACGAGUUUAUGAGGGAUGCGAAAAAUUUUUCUGACGAAGAAGUUGCGUGGCCAAAUACCUUGGGCCAACUUUUGAAAAAACAAUUAAUAUAUCAAAGUUCCGGCGCAUUGGUCACGCAGAUAGAUCCAGAUGCGCCGAGCAGACAAAACCGAUCAAUUCACGAUCUUGAUCAGGUAGAUGAUGAUCGACUAUUAGCUCAAGUGUUUGCCGAAAUUCGUUGCGGCAGGCUAGAAAAAGCGGAAUUGUUGUGCUGCCGAUACGGCCAGUACUGGAGAUCCGCAAUUAUGGAAGGAUGGCGGUUGUAUCACGACCCAUUUUACAAGCCUAGAGAAGAACAAGGCUCGUUAGACGUCCAAGUUCUUGGAAACCCAAAUAGAGACAUUUGGAAAUCGUGUGCGUGGAAAAUUUCAUCAGAUCCCAAAAAUUCAGCGUAUUGGAGAGCUACGAUCGGCAUAUUGUGUGGUAAUAUUGAUGCGGUGUUGCCUGUUUGCGAUCGAUGGGAAGACAUACUUUGGGCACAUCUUCAUACCAUAGUUAAUGUAACCGUGGAAAAUCAUAUACAGACUAAUAGGACUAAUAGUUUCAUAAGUCUUCCUGAAAAAUAUUGGGAGUACAAAAUGACCAUGGAUGAUAUAGUUGCUGAACUAAAGUCCAACGCUAAACUGGCUGUGCGUCAAGAAGCACAUAAGCCUAAACGGCAAAUACAACAGUACUUCAUAUCGAAUCAAUUCAGCGAACUGGUUGUGGCAAUGGCCAACUGGGCUGAAAAUAAUUUCGAAUCCGAUCCUCAGUUCCUGAGACUUCUCGCCCAUUUGGUUUUGGUCAUACGAUGGGCCGGUAUACAGCACAACGAACAGCCGGCCAAUUUGAUUCUACAGAAAUACAUAGAGAUUUUGAUCCCAAUGAACGAUCCAACUUUGGUUGCGUACUACACGUCGCAGCUUCAACAACCGUCUCAAAUUGUUAUAUAUUCUAGGUUUUUAGAAAAAAUGAGUUCUCCCGAACAACGAAGCAAAGGGCUGUUGGCCGGUGAAAAUUUUUUACUUCCAGUCGAAGAGGUCACUAAACGUAUUGUGGAGACUGUGAGAAACCGAUUGACCAAAAUCACUACUGGAGUAGACGUGUUCACCGAAGUAACCAACGACGACUACGAAUUGAUUUCAGCACUAGACUGGAUAAUAUAUUAUCCUCAACAAGUCGAAGAAGCGUUUGUUCAAAUAAACGCAGUUGUGCGCAAUUUCGUCGCGCAAGGAAAGAUUCAGGCAGCUCGUAUGGCUUUUAAUAAAAUCCAGCAAAAAGAAAUUAAAGGACUGUUAAAUUCUGCAGAAAUGGACGUCAACAAGCUUUUAGACUUGAAUGUAUCGUUGCCGGGAAAAGUCAAAUCGUUAUUUUCUGAAUACUUAGCAUACAAAAGUUAUUUGGACGCCGAAGAAGGUUUUGCUGACUGGUUCCACGAAUACCAUCAGACUAAACCUACUGAGCCCGCAAAACUUCCUGACAACGUCGAGUACUCUAAGAAAUUAGUCUAUGAUCACAAUAUGGAUGUUUAUCAAUCGGCAUUGAUCAAUUGGAGACAAAGCGUAGCCAGUUCGUCACAAAUUGUUGUCGAGCAAUUAUUUAAUUUGUUGUUUUUCCCUGGCGGGUGGCUAAUCGACCACGACAAUGACGAUAAAAAUCGCCACGAACACUUUGAACUGUUACGAACCAUUUGUAUUCCAAAGAUAUUUCUGCUUUUGCACACCGUGUUACACAGUGCCGAGAAAUAUAUCGAUUGUGUAAAAUUAGCCAGUCACAUAACUGACGAGACACAUUCAUUUUACAAAUUAUUCACUCAAGCAGAUCUUAAAAAAUUGUUUGCCAAAAUCUCCGAAUCGUCUAUUUGUUUAAUGGAGACUUCGGGCCAACGCCUAGAUCCUUGGGGUACCUUGAUAGAAUAAAAUUUUAAGUACAAUUUAUACUAAGUUUAGAUAUUAAGUUUCAUACGAGUAAAAUAAAAUAAAUGUCUAAUAAAAAAAAAAAC